AUGUUUUCCUCGACUGUAAUUCCAUGUUGUGUUCAACCUAAUUAUGAAAGCCCCCAAGUGGUCGUGACUGCUACAGCUCAAGCGAUGUGCACGGCAAAAUCAAAUUUCUUUCAUCGCCGAAUACACGAAGUUGAUCCGAUAGCACUUCAGGGCAAUGUCGCUACGAUUCAGGGCUACCUAGUUCAAAAAUAA